ACCGCAGGACUCUGGUCUACCCUGUGCAUGCUGACUGAUAAUAUUCUCCCGAAACGAUGUGUCAACCACCAGAAAGAGGAUAAACACGAAGCUAAACCACGAGACAGGCCAGGCGCACCACUUAGACAAAUUGAACAUUACUGUCAUGAUGGGGGAAACGUAAGCUAAGCUAGGAGGCUGACUUCUAGUGUUUUGCACUGCAGAAGACAAGGAUACAGGGGCUGAAUGGAUAACCAUGGCAACAGCAGCAGGAGAAGCGGUGAGCAGCAGCUUACAGCAGCGAUAUAACCACUGAACACAGACAAGGCAUCAUACCUCCGUAGAUCUGAAAGGCAAGGGUCGCUGUAGGUUGUGAAGCCAAAGCCUUGUGGACAGUGGUGGACACUGGUUAUUGCGUGGGGAUUCGCAGCGCAUCAGUGAGCAAGGGGAUGACCUGGAACGUAUCAUGUCUGAAGUACAGGGGACGUUGGAGUUUUCUGUAGAGCUGAACAAGUUUCACAAUGUGGAUCUCUUCCAGAGAGGAUUCUACCAGGUCCGAGCAGGGCUGAAGGUCUCUCCACGUGUACCACACAGGUUGAUAGCGACAACACCAGGGAAUACAGGUGACUGUAGUUUCAGCUCUGCGGGGGUCCAUGAUGGGGUACAUGAGGACACUACGGUGUUCAGUCGGAUCUUCCAGAUCCUCUACAGGAACGAAGAGGUCAACGUCGAUGACCGCAUGCUCUUCAAGGUCCACCUAUUGCUGGAUGGGGAGAGGGUGGAAGAGGCUCUGAGUGAAGUGGACUUUCAGUUGAAGCUGGACCUUCACUUCACAGACAACGAGCAACAGUUAGGGGACAUCGUGACAGUCCCAGUCAUCAGCAGUAGAACCCUGGGUCUCCACUUCCACCCCAGGAGCGGUCUCCACCACCAUGUACCUGUCAUGUUCGACUACUUCCACCUGUCCGUCGUCUCUGUCUCCAUACACGCAUCCUUGGUGGCCUUGCAUCAACCACUCAUCAGCUUUGCCCAUACAGGGAAGGGUUCCUGGCUGGGAAAGGGCUCCCCAGAGAACGGUACUGACCCGUCAGCCAUGGGGGUGUCCAUGGAGAACCUGAUGUUUGGGGCUGGAUACUGCAAACCUGUAAUCACAGAGGGGAGUUUCUACGUCCCCAGUGAGAACUGUUUACAGAGAGCUCACACAUGGCAUGGUAGACUCUGUCGCCUCCUACUGGUGGUACACAGAGGCCUACGUUCCUACUACACCACGGUGAUGAAGGAGAUACCACAGCUGGACCAGGUGGACAUAGACGAGCUUCCUGUGGAAGAAACACUAACGCUGCUCAGAACAGAACUACAGCUGCAGGAGGGACAUGAGAAAGUAGCAGAACAGAUCUGUAGAGACCUGACCCAACUCUGCUCCCAACUGUCGGCCCUGUGGACACGCUUCCUGGAGGCUGCCGUUCCCAACACACAUAUCCUGUCCCACCUGGCCCAGGAACACCACACACUCAGGGUCAGGCGGUUUUCAGAGGCAUACUUCUUCACAGAACACCCCAAAGAGACAUCCCUGACAUUCCAAGAGGACCUGAUCAACAGACACGGUCAGAUAGCUGUGGAGGUGCGUAGCUCCAACUACCUGACCAGGAUGCCACCGUUACCUGUAGAAUGCCUGGACAUUGACGGAGACUGGAACAGCCUGCCUAUCAUCUUCGAAGAUAGAUAUGUAGAGUCUCCACGGACAGAUUGGGGAUCAUAUAUACCAACACCUAUGUCCACCAGUGAGCAGGCCAUCCCCGACCCUCCUGUCACUGAUUCCAACAAUAGCCCUCCUCCCCUGGACCAGCUCACCAGCUCACCAGCAAUACCAACCCAGGAACCUAAAGACAGUGAGGACUGCAUGGACCUGUCUACACACGGGUCUCUCAUAGGAGAGCAGAGCACCAGCAUUAUUACUGACAAGAUAGGAGAGACAUCAGAGCCAGACAAGGCAGACCCAGACCAGGGAGAACCAGACCAGGGAGAGCCAGUCCAGCCAGGGGAUCCAGAGGAGCAGGCCAAGGCAGAGGAGAAAUCAGAGGAGAGCCCUGGUUUAGGCCUGAGAAUAAUCAGAGUCAGGCCCACUGAUGUGGAUCCAUUCAGAGGAGAGGCAGUGCUAAUGAUCUCCUCCAACCACAAACAGUGUACGGACACACAACAUACCUCUAACCGUGAAGACACGACUUGGAAAGACUUGGAGAACCACCAGGACAUCAUCACACAGAGAUACCAGAACAUUAUCAGUACAGGAAUUGACUUGGAUGUAGAAGACAAUGACAUUGCUAUGGACGACGACAGCAAGUAUGUUCCUAUUAGCCGUCUAACCACUUACCCCCAGGCUCCACUCAAAGAUCAUCCCCUCACGCACCCUCUACCUACGGACCUGAGGAGAGAGCUGGCCCACCGAGGGGUGGUGGGGGUGGGGGGCCCCAAGAUAAUGAACCGCUCCCCCUCCGUCAUCUCUGACUCAGGCAUCGAGAGUGAGCCCAGCUCGAUGGCCUGGCUCCUGGACGCUCACCGGACUGGAGGGCGCCCUCUGGAGGAGAUAAUGGUACUGCAGCGCCUGGAGAGGAGACACCCAGCCCACCGCAGCUCCCUGGAGGGCCUGCAGACAGAGAGUGGAGCCAGCGGGGGCAGCCUGCCCGGCGGAGGGGGUGGCGGUAUGGGUAUCCAGGCCUCCCUCACCUCCAUCUCGUCCCUUCCCUACGAGGACGACGAGGAACAGAGGUACCAGCAACAGCUCAGUAAACUGACCAAGUCUGUCUCAGCUCCUCAGAUCUCCAGCCCUGAGGACACAGAAGAGGACCAGGGAGGAGCGGAGGCGGAGGUAGACACGGAGAGCGAGGGGACCAGCGGGUACCAGGACCAGGAGGUGGGAUGCUCCUCCAUCUCCACUGCUCCCACCCAUGUAAUGACUGGGGACUUGAUUAGACACCAGGAAUCCUUAUCCGGGGGAAACUACUCCUCUCUAGAGGACAUCCAAGAGGGAGAGCUGCCUGAGGUUGGUCUGUUUGACUGGGUAGCUGUGCCCUCACCACCCCAGCAUGUAACCAGAACUCAUAUGGAGAGUUGUCAUGUUCUUAAAGAAACUCUUAGAUCUAAUGAAUCUGCUUUGCCAGUGGCCCUGUCAGACACUCAGGACAUGAAAGCAGUGUUAAGUGGCAUUAGUCGAGUACCAGAAGUCUUGCUGUUCCAACAGUAUGUUGAAUGCCAUGAUGAUAUGAAGGAUCCAGCUGUAGUCAGUCAGAUGGAGGAUAAGAAACAUCACAGAGGAGAUAGCUGUGGUGUCCCAAACUCAGUGGACCCAGGUCCCUGUGAAGUAGACUUCGCCCCCUGUAGCUGUGAGACAAAACCCUGUGAACAUGACAGCGGUGUGCUGGUGGAUGAUGUGGAGGAUAAUCCAGUCAGGAAUGACUGUCAGAGUCUCCAUCAGAUUGGGUUGAAUGACCUUGUUGACCAGGACCUACUGGAUCAUCAUCAUACUCCCUGCCAGAGCCUCCAUCGGGUCGGGCUGCGUGACCUAGUGGUGGUCUCACAGAGGAAGAGCCUCCAUGACCCCAGGCCGAUCCCCUCUAUCCCCAACCACACAGAGAGACCCAUCCACCUCAUAGGCCUUACUGUCAAUGAUAGGGCCAGGUCUGAUGACCUCAUAGGGCUCCCGGCCAACGAGCGAGAGCAGCUGGAUCUCAACGGUCAGACUAAGCCGGCUAAGAUUCCCAGUAGCUCGGAGUCAGGGUCAGGCUCGGGGUCAACCACAGGGUCAGGCCUGUCCUUUAUGAACAGGAAGGUGGUGGAGGUGGUGAAUAUGUCUGUGUCCUGUGCUCCGACCUGUCUUCCCUUCUCCUCCGUCCUCCGGGACUCACCGUCCAUUAGCGGCAUCUCCACUCGACAAGCCGCAUCCCCCAUUACCCAUCAGCCCCUGGGGUCCUUUGGCAUCAUCUCCUCAACCUCGUCCAACUCCCUGGGGCCAGACGAUGACACAAACGAGAGGAUGCUGCAUUUCUACAGGUCCAAAGAGGAUCUGGUGAAAGACCUGGUGUUCCAGGCAACCCUGUACAGUGACCUCCCUCACCUGGCCUCCGACCUGCCCUAUUUCCCCCCUGAGGAGGAGGAUGAGGAGUUUGAGGAUGGCAUACACCUGGUUGUCUGUGUCCACGGCCUUGAUGGGAACAGUGCAGACCUUCGCCUGGUGAAGACCUUCAUAGAGCUGGGUUUACCAGGGUCCAGACUCGACUUCCUCAUGUCUGAGAGGAACCAGACUGACACGUUUGCAGAUUUCGACACCAUGACGGACAGGCUAAUAGACGAGAUCAUCCAGCACAUUCAGCUGUACAACCUCACCGUCGGACGGAUAAGUUUCAUCGGUCACUCUUUGGGGAAUGUGAUUAUCCGGUCGGUGCUGACAAGGCCUCGGUUCCGCUGCUACCUGGUCAAGCUGCACACCUUCCUGUCUCUGUCCGGACCACACCUGGGAACGCUGUACAACAACAGCACGCUGGUCAGCACAGGUCUCUGGCUGAUGCAGAAGCUGAAGAAAUCUGGAUCGUUGCUGCAGCUCACCUGCAGAGAUCACACCGAUCCUCGGAAAACCUUCCUCUAUCUUCUCAGUCAGAAACCAGGGCUCCAGUUCUUCAAGAAUGUGGUGUUGGUGGCAUCGCCUCAGGACCGAUAUGUUCCCUUCCACUCUGCAAGGAUAGAGAUGUGCAGGACUGCACUCAAAGACAGGACCACAGGUCCAGUGUACACAGAGAUGAUCAACAACCUACUCCAGCCGUUGGUGGGGGCUAAGGACUGUUGUCUGAUUCGCCAGAAUGUGUUCCACGCCCUGCCCAACACCGCCAACACUCUGAUUGGCCGAGCCGCUCACAUCGCUGUGCUCGACUCUGAACUCUUCUUGGAGAAGUUCUUCCUGGUCGCAGGGCUCAACUACUUCAAAUAGAACUUCAAACUACUUUAAAGGGAUACGUCAGGAUUUUCGACAAUGAAGCCCUUUAGCUAUUUCCCCAGAGUUAGAUGAAUUUGUGGAUUCCAUUUUUAGGUCUCUGUGUGCAGUUUGAAGGAAGUUGCUAACUAGCAGAAGCGCAAUUGAAAACUAGCGUUAGGGCAAUGACUGGAAGUAUAUGGAAACUGCUAGCCUGCUAGUUGAUACAGCAGACUUAGCAUUGGCUCGCGAAACUACCUCUGACUUCCUUCAUACUGGGUGCAUUGACAUAAAAAUGGUAUCCACUAGUUCAUCUGACUCUGGGGAAGUAAAUAAAAUGCUUAAUUGACAAAAUCCUGAAGUAUCCCUUUAAAUAGAGGCUCAAAUAUUUAAAAAAGUAGAACCACUACUUCAAAUUGAGCUGUAGCUAUAGAGAAACUGGCUCAGAGAGGCUCUAGGUGUAUAUGAAGAGCUCUUUGUUGUGGUUAACAGGAUAGGAGGAUUUGGUGAGAGAAAGGGGGUUGCACCAUGACUAUGUACAGUGAAUAUUUAAAGUAUGUAUACCUAUGUUACCCCUGUUGUCAAAGAGGUGGUCAUAAGCUCUAUACAUCCCAUCCAUAUUAACAGCCGUAUGUCAAGUGAAACAACUGACGUGGCGCACCGUGUGGCUCAUACUGGUGUUGUAUAGGCCUUAUGAACACCUUCAUCCCUUACCCCUUCAUCCCAAAGUGUAGUCAGUAUAAUGUACAACUAAUGUUCAUCCCAAAGCGCUACCAAAUCAAGAACAUUUCAUUUUGGUAUUGUAUCCUGACCUGAAGUGGCUAGCCUGAAUGAAUCACUGGAUGAAGGAUCUACAUGUAUGCAUUUAUUUAAAAAACGAAGGAGAUAGUUGUUUGGAAUUCAACUCCGUAAUUGUAAUUGUUAUAAUACACGUAUCAAACUCCACAUAGAACUGUGGUGAUGUUAUAUUGUACAAACGUUUCUUUUUACGAAAAUUAUUUAUAUAUCAUUUUACAUUAUGUAUUUUAAAUUAUACCAUAUCCAUACGUUUGUCAGACUAUGACCAUUGUGUUGUGGAUUUUAUAUCAUACAAUUUCAACACAUAACAUGAAGGCCAAAUCAAGAGGUGAACCUUCUAUACAUACAAUGCCAGAAAAAGGUGGUCUAUAUAUUUCUUGUAUACGUUUAUAUACAGUAUAUUACAUAUCUAAAAAAAGUGUAUGUUUGUUGAAAGCAUUUAUGUGUGUCCAUCAAACUGCUGAGUUGAGUUGAAGGCUUAUCAACCUUGUAAUGCCUUUGUGUUCUUUAAAAUAAGGUAUAUCCCAACUUCCUUCAUAAGCUACUAUGUACCUUCUACCGACUGUAGUGAUCCUAUUGAGAUAUGAGUAUUACUACUACUACUACUAAGAUAUGAGUAUUUCUAUACUGAUAUAUGAGUAUUACUAUAAUGAGAUAUGAGUAUUACUACUACUACUACUAAGAUAUGAGUAUUUCAAUACUGAUAUAUGAGUAUUACUAUACUGAGAUAUGAGUAAUACUAUACUGAGAUAUGUAUAUUACUAUACUGAGAUAUGAGUAUUACUGCGACUGAGUCCAUUGUGUAAUUUAUCUUGGUUGAUUAAUAUUUUAAAUAGAUUUGAAAUACAGAAUCAUGAAGUAUGAAUCACUAUGGCUCAUAUCCCUUGGAAAUGACCUAUAGAUCUCUCUCUGAUUUCUCAUACUGUACGUGCGCUGCUUUUAGAGUUAGAUUUUGUAUGCAUUGAACCUUUAAUGUCGCUACCUUGUCUGUGCCAGGAACAGUAUAAUAAGGAGGGUGUCACCCUGCAUCCCAGAAGUCUCUACUAUGGGCACUUACUAGUAGGUACUAUGCUUCUGUCCAUCGAGAUUAAAAGAAUGUUUACAUUUUCAGAUUUACAGAGAUGUUGUCAUGGUAUCACAUGGAGGUGACUAAAGGUGCGUCUAUGGAGGUCAUGUACCGACACGUAGUUAUUCUUUGCACUGGUUUGACUGACAAGUACACUUUAUGCUGGACGUUUACAGCAAGUAGACCUACAGAUACACUUGCUUGACGAAGUCCUUGCACUCCAACAUUGUCAUUUGUGUAUGGCUGUUUCAAUUGAUAUUGUACAUACUCCGUUCUCCGCUCGCGGGUCAGCUUUCAAAGAUGUGUCCAUGCAGCUAGCGGCAAGCGACAAAGCUUGACCUUACUCGUUUCCUAUUGUAAUGUCCCAUCUCCUGGUGCUCUGCUGUCACUGUCAUUAAGCCCUUUCCUAGUGUCCUUGCAGUGCAAAAGGUGACAUCUCCAAGUCGUCUCCUGCGGCUGCUCUGUUUGCUGCAGUGCUGACUGGUAAGCAGAGUGUCACUGGGAUUGACUUUAAUUAAAUGGCCUCCGUUAAGACGUACGCACACACCACACACACACACGCACACGCACACACACACACACACACACACACACACACACACAGCAAUAGAAAGGGGGCUGGGUUGUUCCCGUCAGGACAAUGAGGGAAUGGCUGGUUGUGAAACCUCUACAGAAGCUGUGUCAGCAGUCUGGUAGAGCUAGCAGGCUUCAUGCAUAAUUUCCUUCUGACAUCCCUCUUGCCUGUUUGCUUUUACCCCCAAAGGGCCACGAUCUGUUUGUCCAAAGGGCCACGAUCUGUUUGUCCAAAGGGCCACAAUCUGUUUGUCCAAAGGGCCACGAUCUGUUUGUCCAAAGGGCCACGAUCUGUUUGUCCAAAGGGCCAUGAUCUGUUUGUCCAAAGGGCCAUGAUCUGUUUGUCCAAAGGGCCAUGAUCUGUUUGUCCAAAGGGCCAAGAUCUGUUUGUCCAAAGGGCCAUGAUCUGUUUGGCCAAAGGGCCAUGAUCUGUUUGUCCAAAGGGACCAUGAUCUGUUUGUCCAAAGGACCAUGAUCUGUUUGUCCAAAGGGCCACAAUCUGUUUGUCCAAAGGGCCACAUAUUUCGUGAAGUAAAGAUUUUAGUUUUCAUGCUCUCCAAGGGCAGGUGUGGAUUGGGAUUUUAAUAUUCAUGCUUUACAGGUUGUGUGGUUUAAUUCAUUGACAUGUCAUAAUAGUUUUUUGUGAGCUUCUGUGUUUUCCCUGAAGGUACAUAAUACAGUAGUGGUAGGCCUACAUGGACUUGAUGCCUUCUGUUUCUUUGGUUUAGCAAAACGUUCUGAUGGGAAAAAACUUGCCUGCUUCACUCAGUCAGAGAGGGCUGCUGUUCUGGUGCUGUUAUGAAGAGAAACACUUCCCAUUUCAAAUGAUUUAAAACAUUAGUAUUUUUCUUUCUUCUUGUUCACUCCUACAGAAGACAUGACUUACCUCUGUCAGCAAAGCAACCCCUGAUAUGUUGACUGAACUUUUUAUAUUUUAUUUGAUUAUUAUUUGUCAUUGGGAGAGUGAAUCGUCCUUUGUUACACUGUGUGUGUGUGUGUGUGUUUGUGUGUGUGUGUGUGUCACAGGAGGUUGGUGGCACUUUAAUUGGGGAGGACGGGCUCAUAGUAACGGCUGGAAUGGCAUACAUGGUAUGGUAUCGAGCACCAUUCCGUUCACUCCAUUCCAGCAAAAAUUAUUUGUCGUCCUCCUCUCAGCAGCUUCCUGUAGUGUGUGUGUGUGUACGCGCGUGUGUCCUCUAUGUGUGCUUUUGCAUAAAAUGCUCCAUGGCAGCUUUGUGACAUGUUUGUGUAGUGGUUUUUAUUUAUUAUCAUCGUCUGUCUGCUGAGGAUUAUGACCCAUUUCCAGCUGUUUGGUGUGAAUGUUCCAUAAACACAUUUGACUUGUGAGUGACAUUGUAUUUAUUUAUUUAAUCAAGUAUUUUCUUUUUGCUAACAAUAUAAUAGAACUUAAUCUGUGCCAAUAAUACGAAUCUAAUAUUUUUCUAAGUUUGCUUACUGUAUGUGUUCCUUAGUAGCUUGUGCCCAUGUAAAAAAUAUACAUAUAUUUCAGAACAUUAUGAUAAACAAUAUCAACAUUAUAUUAUAAUAAAACAAGUAUGUUUCUUUA